GUAAAUACUAAAUAGUAACCAGUAAGUAGCGCUGACAACUUUUCUGUGUACUGAUAUUAUAUCUUGUUAGAAAAACCAGAAAUCUCAAUAAUUGUCAAUCCGUAUUCGCUGGACGCUAAACCGUGUUUGUUCUUUUACUAGGUAAUCAAUAAUCGUCAUAUAAUUCCAUAAUUUCAAUUUCCAGUACACAUUUUAACGCAAUAAUUUCCAGCUGCCGUGUGCGCAGAAAUUAGAAUAUCAACAAUUGUGUUGUUUAUCGCGUUUCGCCGUACACCCAAAAUCGGAAUACCUAGUGCACGACUUUAAAUCUCUACAUUAAACUUCUCAAUACUUGCGGAAGUCGACUUUUACCGGAACGCAUCUAACAUGUUUCCCAAUGCAUUGACGACGACCGACAUGUUUGGAAACGAUAAUCCAUACAGAAAUUCAAUGCGCCAAAUGGACCAAAUGAUGAAUUCAUUUUUUGGCGGAUUUCCUGAUCCAAUGGCUGGCAUGAUGAUGCCAUUUGGCGGUGGAAUGUUUGGAAAUUUUGGUUCCAUGAUGGGUAUGAAUAAUCCUAUGAAUAUGAUGGUCGGUGGUAAUCAUCCAGGCCAAUCAUUCAGCAGCAGCAGCAGUACAUUUAUGUCAUAUUCAUCAAAUGGACCAAAUGGACAACCACAAGUAUAUAAAGCUUCCACUUCUACACGUACCGGUCCUGGGGGAGUAAAAGAGACUAAAAAAGCAGUUAGUGAUUCAAGGACAGGUGUUAAGAAGUUGGCUAUUGGGCAUCAUAUUGGAGACCGUGCACACAUUGUUGAACGUCAACAAAAUGUAUAUUCUGGAGACCAAGAAGAAAACCAAGAAUAUAUUAAUUUGGACGAUGAUGAAGCUGAAGAGUUCAACAAUGAAUGGCGCAAAAAAGCUCAAAACAUGAAUUCACAUCGUAGUCGUUACUUGCCCUACACUCAUAGAGUUCAAAAUUCUUCAGUUCCUUUAAAAAGGAAUCUCAAGGCUAUAGCUCCUCCUCCUUCAACAGCACGUAUCAGUGAGGUGUUGGCUGUAGAAGGUCAUCAAGAUCAAGGAAGAAAACGUGCAGCUAAGCAGCGGACCCCUAAAAAGAUCGAACAAUACCCUGUAAAUGAUGCCUAAGUUAAGUUAGCAAGUUAAUUUUUUUUUUUAUUCUCCAUUAAUUAUAUAAUAUAGAAUUUUACACUUUCAUUGUUUUCACAAAUUAUAUUUCAAACUGUGUUCCAUAAAAUAAUGUUAAGGAAAGGGUGUGAAAGAGUAUGACAUUAAAAUAGGCUAUGUUUAAUAUUGUAAUAUUAACUAUUUUAUAAGAAUUUUGAGUUGAAAAAGGAUUAGAUCAUUCUUAAUGUUCGGUAAUUAUUUUUAUUUUGUAUACGUAAUAUGCGAGUGAUUAAUUGAUUUUAUAGAAUUCAACUUGCAACUCUUGCUGGUAAAGCUUAGCUUAUAGUUAAUACUUAUAAUAAACAUAUAAAUAAAAAACAAAUAAUUUGUUCAAACAAAAAAAA